AGAGAGAAGAGAGAAAGAGGAGAGAGAAAAUGGGGGUUAGGUAUGAGAUUUGUGUUGGGCUUUCUGGUUUUCUCUCUCCUCUUCUCCUUUCAAGCUGCAGCCAUGGAAGUGAGAGGAGAGGGAGUGGAGGCUCUGUUGGGGUAUGAUGAAUACAGGGUUGGGGAGGAGAGAGAGGAGGGAGGAUUUCUCAACUAUGCAGAUUACACAGCUGGGGAGGAGAGAGAAAGUAUGAGAGAGGAAUCUCUGUUGAGCUAUGACUACUACAAGAAUUCAUGCCCUCAAGCUGAAUCCAUCAUCCGCGACACUGUUAGCGAGCUCACUCGAAACCGAUCCAAUGUCCCUGCUGUUCUCUUGCGCCUUGCCUUCCAUGACUGCUUUGUUGAGGGGUGUGAGGCAUCGGUUCUGCUUGAUGAGGUAGUGGAUGGUGGGCCCUCGGAGAAAGAAGCGCGUCCGAACAAAGGCUCACUCAAGGGCUUCGAUUUGAUAGACAUGAUCAAGUCCAACCUCCAAAACUCCUGCCCUGCUACUGUUUCAUGCGCCGAUAUCAUUGUCCUCAGUGCCAGAGACGCCAUUGCCCUGGCUGGAGGACCGUUCUAUCCGCUGAAGAUGGGGAGGAAAGACGGCUUCAAAUCCCAUUUUGAGAGAGCAGAGGCGGAGCUCCCCAGGCCUUCCGACCAUCUCAACACCACUCUCUCUCGUUUCAUGGCCAAGGGUUUCUCUCUCAUCGACACUAUCAGCCUUCUUGGGGGCCACAGCAUCGGGAAGACGAGCUGCCGCUUCAUCAACGACCGGCUCUUCAACAUGAGCGGCGGCGGCCUCCCCGACCCUACGCUCCCCCUCGACCUCCUCCCUUCGCUCAGGAUUGCCUGUGACCCUGCCAAUGGCAUAAGCCACGCCGCCACUGGUAUAAGUGACCCUCAGGUCCCCUUGCACCUGGAAGCCACCAACAACCAAGCCUUCGACGCCACCCACUUCUACGCCAACUUGGCCUGGGGCAGGGGCGUCCUUUUCUCUGAUCAGCAGCUCAUGUCCUCCCCCAUCACCGCCGCCAUUGUGAGGCAGUACGCGAGUGGGGAGAGGUCCUUCGACUCCGACUUCGGUGCCGCCAUGAUAAAGCUCUCCAACUUGGGCCUUCUCUCUGGCGGCGCCGGCGAAGUUCGAACCCACUGCGCUUACUUCAACAUUUAGGCUACUCUCUCUCUCUCUCACUCUCACUCUCCAUCUUACUCCUCUGAAGAGAUUACUGCUGUAAAGAGAACUGUUGUCAUUGGAUUUUUACCUUUUGAUGUGUGCCUGAAUUCAU